AUGGAGGAGAUGUUAUUGAGCAGUGGUUCUUCUUCUUUUGCAUCAUCUUCCUCUUCAUCAUCUGCAGAUGUUGAUCAACGUCUAAAGCAGCAGACACAAUUGCCUCUGUUGUCGUUAAAUCACGUUUCAUUUGUUUGCAAAUCGGUGAGAAAAUCUGUUAGGUUUUAUGAAGAAGUUCUUGGUUUUGUUCUCAUCAAGCGACCCUCUUCUUUCACCUUUGAAGGAGCUUGGUUGUUCAACCAUGGAAUUGGAAUUCAUUUGCUCGAAGCUGAAGAUCCUGUACGUGGCAAGAACAAGGCAAAAAUCAAUCCAAAAGACAACCACAUUUCCUUCCAAUGCACCAAUAUGGAUAUUAUAGUGCAAAAAUUGGAGGAAAAGAACAUUGAAUUUGUGACGGCAGUGGUUGAAGAAGGAGGAAUAACAGUGGAUCAGCUCUUCUUCCAUGAUCCAGAUGGCUACAUGAUUGAAAUUUGCAACUGUCAAAAUCUCCCUGUUCUUCCACUUUCUUCUGCUUGCCCUCUUAAAAAGGUUCCAAGAUCCACCAGUGCCACCCAAAUCAAAUCAUCCUUUCUCGGGAAUACAGCCCCAAAAAUGCCACCAUACUGUAGUGGAGAAGUAGAAGCCAUAAUGAUGGAGAAUUUAGCUUUGGACAUGAUCAACAUUUCGUAUUGAGGCUUAUGAGAAAGUUUCUAUAUAUAUAUAUAUAUAUAUAUAUAUAUAUAUAUAUAUUUUCAUUGUGAUGUUUAGUAUGUGGUUUCAGCUUCCUCAAAUGUCACUUAUUUGUGAUAUGUCCACUUUUUUGAGAUUGUGAUCUUUGAAUCUUGUACGCCAAUAAUGAGAAUAGUUUAGUGAAAACAAUGUUUUUAGAUUGAUUGAAUUUGACCAUCCCACAAUCUCAUACUUCACAUUUUAGUGUGACGCUCAUAUGGUAAUAACUUGUUAUUCGUUCUGCUCCAAAAUAAAAGUUAGAUACGAAAUGAAAGAAUUACAAAAGAUGAUAAAAAAUAAAAAAAAAGUUAAUAAAAUACCUAGUGUGUGUCAGCGAUCUAAAAUGAAAAUGACUGUAACAAACGGUGGUUGUCCACAAGUACUACUUUGUAUGUUGCUCAGCUAGCACGGUCUAAUCUAUAUAUAGUAUCAAAUUGAAACCAUUUAUCACUUGGACUUGGACCCCAAUCUAUAUAUACUACCAGCUCUGGAUAUCAGGCUGUUUGUGCUUUAAACUCUUCGUUGAAAUUAUAUAUGUUUGUUUCGUUUUUUUAGUGUGUGUUUUUAAGUAUUUUUUGUAACGUAAAAAGAUAUACUGGGA